AUGAAUCGACCCGACCAUGGCUCUAGCUACGGCUCAGAGCGCCAACAGCCCGCCAGAAACCCGAAAGCCCCGCCUUCGGAUCCCGAUGCGGCCUCCAGCCUUACCCCGGACGGCGUCGUGCAAGCGGGGUUGAGGAGUCUGGAUCAUUACAGACGAGCCCUCCCGAAAUGGCGGUACAAUCUUCGCCAGAGGAUGCUUCCUCUUCUCCGGCGGGAAACUCCUUACCUUGCCUACCUCCAAUCCAAGAUGCGCACGCCAGCUCUGGACAGUUACUUCGCUAUUACCGCCAACCUAGGCACACAUACCUUCUUCAUGAUCGGUCUCCCAAUCCUCUUCUGGUGCGGCUGGUUUUCAUUUGCUAAAGGGCUCGUCCACAUCCUCGCCAUGGGCGUGUUCUUCACCGGCUUCAUCAAGGACAUGUGCUCGCUCCCGCGACCGCUCUCGCCGCCCCUCCAGCGAAUCACCAUGUCCGGCUCCGCGGCGCUCGAAUACGGCUUCCCGUCCACACACUCGGCCAACGCCGUGUCGGUCGCCGUAUACGCGGUGCUGCUACUGCGCAGCGAGUCCAACGCCUUCUCGCCGGCGAUGACGCUGGCCCUUGAGGCGCUGGCCUACUUCUACGCCGUCUCCAUCGUCUUCGGCCGCCUGUACUGCGGCAUGCACGGCUUCCUCGACGUGCUGGUGGGGUCCGUGGUCGGGGCGACCAUCUCGCUCGUCGAGUUCCACCACGGCCCGCCCGUCGCUACCUGGAUGCGCGAGAGCUCCUACCUCGCCCCGCUGGCCGUCGCGGUGGCCAUCAUCGCGCUCGUGCGCGUCCACCCGGAGCCGGCCGACGACUGCCCGUGCUUCGACGACAGCGUCGCCUUCGCGGGCGUCAUGAUCGGCGUCGAGGUCGGCACGCGGCGCCUGGGCCGGAGCCCGCUCGGGGCGCUCUACGUCGGGCCCGACGCCACCUUCGACCUGGCGGCGCUGGGAUGGCCGGCGGCGGCGGCGCGCACCGUGCUGGGCGUGCUGGUCAUCUUCGCGUGGCGCGAGGCCAUGAAGCCGGCGCUGCUCAAGUCGCUUCCGCGCCUGUUCCGCGUCAUCGAGACGCACGGCCUCAGCCUGCCGCGGCGCUUCUUCGUGCCCGCCAGCGAGUACAAGGACGUGCCGCUGCGGCUGAGGGAUGACAACGUGCUGCCCAACGUCAGCGACUUUCCCAAGAUGGUCAGGAGCAUAAGGGGCCCCGGCAGGGGCAGGUCGGUCAGCAUCGGGCCGCAGAGCGCGGCAGACGCGUACGAGACGCUUGCAUAUCGGGACCGGAGGAGGAGGGAGAGCAUCGGAAGCGAUGCGGGGAGUGUGCGGAGCAAGGGGAGCCUGACGGGCCUGAGGGAAAUAGCCAGCGGGGGGCCCGAAGAUGCGACCGGAGCGGGGGACCACACGGGGAGGUGCUCGCAGGCCUCGGGCGUGCAGAGUGGAAGGUUGGCAGAGUACGAACAGAUGAUGGGCCGUGGUGCCGUGGUUGCCAGCCCCAGCCCGGAGAGAGACGGGGACUCGGAAGGGCCGGCGGAGUCAAACGUAUAUGUUGGACAGCAGCGGGACGAACUGGAAGAGAACGAGGUCUUUUCGCAGCUCGUCAAGCCGCGUGUGCGGUAUGACGUCGAGGUGGUGACCAAGUUGGUCGUCUAUACUGGCAUCGCAUGGCUGGCGGUCGACAUCAUCCUCGUGAUAUUCGAGGUCGUGGGCCUGGGAGCGGGGCAUCUAGGCGAACGAUGA